UUUUCACGCUUCCGCCGCGUGACAAACACAAUACGGUAGAUUAGACGAACCAAAAGAGACCAUAACUUUGCAAUUGCUGUCGGUUGAUUACUCGUGAGAUUUGUUAACAAGUAUGAAAAUGAAUGAGAAUCAGUCUGUACCUCAUUUGCGGCCAAUGAAGUGUGAGCUUGGCCAACUGACGAGACCAGAUGGAUCUGCAACAUUGUUUCAAGGAGACACAUGUGUAAUGACAGCUGUCUAUGGGCCAGGGGAAGUAAGAAUGAACAAAGAGUUGAUUGGUCAAGCUACUGUGGACAUUGUGUUCAAACCAAAAUCUGGAUUACCUGCAUGUGCUGAGAAAUACACAGAAGUGACGUUGGCCAACACAUGCGAGACUGUCCUGCUAGCUUCUCUGCAUCCCCGAUCUGCCAUUAAUCUCACUGUGCAAGAAGUUCAGAAUUCUGGCUCGUUCCUGGCUACAUGUGUUAAUUCUUGUUGUUUGGCUCUUCUCGAUGCAAGCAUGAAUAUGAAUGCCACAGUGGCAGCAGUAAAUUGUUGUAUCACCAAAGAGAAUGACAUUGUAGUUGACCCUUCUUCAAAAGAUGAGGAAAACAGUCGUGCUUCCUUAACUUUUGUAUUUGAGAGUGUGAAAAAAGACAUUAUUACUACAUCCGCACAGGGACAGUUUUCAGCUGAAGAAUUUCAAAGCUGUUUAAUUACAUGUAGAGAAGCUACUGCAUCUGUUUUUCAGUUUUAUAGGGACACAAUUACCCGGAAAUUAUCAAAGUGUGUCUGAAGUCAAUGUAAAAUUUACAUUUUAUGAUUUAUCUGUAUUAAAGUAGGAGGAACU